CUCCAUAUGAUAAUAAGUAGUAUGUGGAUUUGAAGUAACGUUAACAUUCUUAGGUUUGACUUGAGGUGGUUUUGACGCAAAUGUUCACAUUGAAGUAUUGAAUAAAUAAGAGGUUCACCCCCUAAAUUAUUUUGUGUUUUUUAUUUGGACUUCAAGAGGCAUCACAAUGGAGCACAGAACACUUCGUAUCAAUCAUCACAGUAUGUUAAAAUUUCUGCCGCAGUUGUUGGAGUGUCCCAUCUGCAGAGAACUUAUGUACCCCCCAAUCAGGGAAUGCGUCCAAGGACACAAUUUUUGUGACAGUUGCUUCGACCAAAUAUCAAUCUGCGCAGUUUGCCGUCAACCAAAAGCAAAAGGACAAAAUUUCGCUUUAGAAGAGGUAUCUCGAUCUCUGACCAUAGAUUGCAGUAACCGCAGUAAAGGUUGCACAUUCAAGGGGAUAUUCACCAUAGUUGACGAUCACGAAAGGAUGUGUCCUGCCGCAAGUCUAUAUUGUCCUGAAUCUCUCGAUUGUGCAGAAAAAAUAACUGUGGGCGACAUGAUGGAACAUUGUCAAAACUUCCAUCCAGAAAAAAUGCUGUACUCAAACGAGAUGAAUAUUGUACAUUUGAACUAUUUCGAUCUCUACAGCACCUUUUUUCGAAAAAUUCCCUUCACCUUCGGUACCCAAACGAUAUUGAAACAUAGGUUUUGGCUUUUCAGGCCCUAUUGUCGAAUAGAUUCGCAAGAUAUAAGUUGGCACAUUUCUUACAUAGGACCUCAAUGUUUUCCGGAAAGAUGUUGGUUUAAUCUUAAAUUAAUAACGCCAGGCAAAAAGCUGGUGCCCUUGAUCAUGCACAAAGUUUGCAAGCCUUUGCCUAUAGAUUACACACGUUCCUUUGAGUUCGAACACAAAAUUCGUCAUAGCAGUCUCCGACCUUUCUGUUGCAAUGGUAACUUGUACUUCAAACUUGAGAUUUAUGAAAAAGAAUGAUGUUGGCAUUUUUUAUACAUUUUAAUCUGUGUUGUAAAUAGAAAUAGUUACCAUUUUUGUUUAAUUAUCGAUUUUAUCCUGAACUAGAUAUGUUUCAAAUUAUUUAUCGCUUAGAUUUUUUUUUCUAUGAACCUCUGCAUCGAGAAAUUAGGAAAUAUUUUCCAUUCACAUUGUAAAUUGUGAUGAUAAUUAAUAAUUGACAUGAACUUACAUCGUUUUACUUUUUGUUGAAUUUUGUUUAUUAUAAGAGCUGAGAUAUUUCAAUAAAGAGUAUAUAAAGAGUAA